AAUAAAUGCUCUUAAUUGUGUUUCCUGAUUGACUGACUGGUUUAGUUUAAAUCCAAAGAACGAUUCCAGUGAGCCAGCAUGCACAGAGCCAUCAGAGCGCUUUUACUAUAAAUGUUAUUUGUUUGACUCGUCUAAACCGUUUGUCAUGUUUCAGUUUCAAUUUUUGUUAGAAUAUGUUUUCACUUCUCUGCUCUUAAACUAGACAUUUCUCAUUGCGGGCAGAAUACAUUUUGAAACGGGUGUAACUAAUACCAUAAAUUAUACUUGUACUCCAAUUAAGUACCACUUCCAGAGCCCCAUUAUGUCCCACUGGCUUUCUAGCUCUAAAUGAAACGGCAUUGUUCGUGUUAUCAGGUACAUCUGCAUCUUUCUCUGCAUACUUCCUUUCCUGGCUUCAGCUUCAGAUGUUCAAAGUAUAUUCACGAUUAGGAGCCACUCGAUCCUUUAAUUGUGAUUUUACAAAUUAAAAACCGUGAUAGCAGUGAUCUUUGGGGGAGUGUAAGGUUCAGAAAUGGCAACGACUGAAGUCCCACUCAGAAAAAUGUGUUUGUACUUCACUUGAAUGUGUUAGCUUCACUGUGCAGAAUGAUAUGUGUGCAGGUUGUUUUCACAUUGACCUGCUGGAGGUUUCUCUGUACUCACCUUAAAUAUCAGUUGAUGAAGUUUAUGUAAAAAAAAAGAAAUAGCAUAUCAGAUACAACUUACUAUUCAAAGUAUUUUAUACAUACUUUGAAGUGUUAGGCAUCUCUAUAACCUGACACUUGUCCUGAUUAGUAGUCUUAACAUUGUUUGUGGCUGCAGCUUUACAUCAGUCAUUGCCUACAUUGCUGGUGAAUAUCAGUCACAGAUACCUCCAAAUAAUGUGACUAAAGGAAAAACUCAAAUAAAUCAUGAGGACGUGCCAUGCAGUAUGGAAACUAAGCUCAAUAUUUACUGAAGAGCUAUGAAAUGCAAAGUGUUUGUUAUUUUUGACUGCUCCUUUCGUGUUUUUAAGGUGAACUGUCCCUUUAAGACACAGGGACACUGUCUCUUUAAGACGUUCGCGCACGGCACGCUCAGCCAACACGCGCCUGUAUUCUGAGGUGAACUAUAGUAAACACAAAACAAGAGCUUCGUUUUAGUUGCUCACAGCAUUUACAACUUCAGACUUUAGACCAUGCUAGCAUCAUGCUGCGCAAUGCUCCAGGUGCUUAACACCGACGGGUCUGCGCAGGCGUGAGAGGAAGGUGCAAUAAAAGUCCUACCAAAUUAAAGGCUUGCAUUAAAAAAAAAAAGCUAUGACUGACAAGAGCGCCGUGUCAGUGCGCGGAGCGUCUGUCUGAGCAGCGGUGAAGUGGAAGCAGAGACUGAAGAAGAGACGUCAAAUCCACAGUAAAUCAUGUCAACACCAGGCAGUGCCGAGGGCCGAGCCCACACCGGGACGAAGCGGUUCAUCAGUGGAGUGGUGGAAGGUUUUUACGGGCGACCAUGGACUAUGGAGCAGAGAACGGAGCUGUUUAAAAGAGAGCAGAAGUGGGGUUUGAACACGUACUUUUACGCCCCGAAGAAUGACUACAAACACAGGAUGUAUUGGAGGGAUCUGUACUCUGCAGAGGAGGCAGGACAACUCAUCGCCCUGAUAUCAGCAGCUAAACAGCACGACGUUGAGUUCAUCUAUGCCAUCUCUCCUGGCCUGGACAUUACUUACUCCAACCCCAAAGAGGUCGCCGCUCUGAAGAGGAAACUGGAUCAGGUGAGGCACUUUGGCUGCAGGUCCUUCUCUUUGCUGUUUGAUGACAUUGAGACUGAGAUGUGUCCAGCUGAUAAGCAGGCCUUCAGCUCCUUCGCCCACGCCCAGGUGGCCAUCACGAAUACAGUGUACCAGCACCUGGGUGACCCCGAGACCUUCCUCUUCUGUCCUACAGAUUAUUGUGCUGCAUUCUGUACUCCCAAUGUGUCCCAGUCCUCGUACCUGCACACGGUGGGAGAGAAGCUGCUGCCUGGGAUCGACGUACUGUGGACUGGUCCCAAAGUGGUAUCCCACAAAAUCUCUGUCGAGUCCAUAGAAGAGGUGUCCUCCGUGCUGAAGAGGGCACCAGUCAUCUGGGACAAUAUCCACGCAAACGACUAUGACCCCCAACGGACUUUCCUCGGCCCCUUUAAGGAUCGUCCCACUGAGCUGAUUCCCAAACUGGGAGGAGUGCUCACCAAUCCAAACUGUGAGUUCUACCUCAACUUUGUGGCCAUCCACACCUUGGCUACAUGGUGCAAAGCGACCGCUGACGGAGCACAGAGGGAUGUGGAAAUGGGCGACGAGGAGCAGGACCCCUGCUACAGCCCCCAGAAAGCCCUGACCCGGGCCCUCACUGACUGGCUGCAGGAGUUUCUGAGCACCGAUCAACCUGGAGGCCCUUGUCGUCCUCCAGCUCGUCUCAAGAAGGAGUCGUCCGACGAGGAGCCCAUGCAGACAGACGUGGGAGAGAGCUCCUAUGCUCCUGGACCCGGGGAGAACCCGCUCUACACAGCAGAGCCCCUGUCUCUGGAUGACCUGAAGCUGCUGUCCGACCUCUUCCACCUGCCGUACGAACACGGCCCGGCAGCCAGGGCCAUGCUGCAGGAUCUGGACUGGCUCAAGAAACACAGUGGGGCCGCCGCUGCGGAGACGGACGAGACUGCAGAGUGGCGCUCCAGAGCGCAGCAGUUUGAUGGCACGUGUGAAGCGGUGGUGCAGAUGUUCAAUCGUCUGUCAAACGCCCCGAACCGCAGCAUUCUGUACGACCUCUACAACUACAUCUGUGACAUCAAGAGCGGGGUCGAUCUGGCUCGAGCCUACGUGAAAACACUCAGAGGGGAGAGUGGACCCUCAGCCAAGCCAAUGAACGAGGACCCUGAACCCUGGGGCUUCAGAGGAGGCCUCUCUGGAGAGUUCCAGAGAAUGCUGCCUUGCCACGGAAACAGGGACCUGUUCAGACAUCCUCCCGCGACGGCCGUUUACAGCAUACGGGAGUACUGCACUGAGGACAAGCUGGAGGUGCAAAGGAUUUCCAGGGAGAUGCAGAGUGCAGGAGAGAGCAAAGUCCCCGUGAUGAUGCAGCCUCCACUUCUCUGUGACGGCCUGUCAGCAGGGGAGAUCUCCCCUUCCCCUCAGUGUGCUCUCGUCCUGGAGGAUGAGAUCGGGGUGUGUGGUUACGCCCUGGCACUCACCGACGCCAAACCAGCCGCAACCAAGAUUCAGAGGGCAGUAAGUGAAUCAGUGUUCAAGGACUUCCCCUCCCUGGUUACCGUACAAGUGCUGCCCCGGGUCACCGAUCCCUCUCCAGCCAAGCGCAUGAUUGGUCGGCUGUUGUCCUCCAUCAGGAGCAGUGGUUCCAGAGGAGUCUUCUGUGAGUUGAGGCAGAACGAUCUGAGGAUGCACGACUUCUACGCUAAACUGGGCUCCUUCAAGCCCGUACAAAUACCGGGGCUACCCGAAGACAUCUUCGCCAUGGGAACAAGCUUAUAAACCAGAUGAGUCACAAGACUCUUCCUCAGGUUUGAAAUGUUUUGAGAUGAAACUGAGAGUAAUUGCUUUCUGUGCAGCUUGUCAAACUGGAAUCCGUCGUAGUUUUUGAUCAGUUAAUAUCGUUAUUUCUAUCAUUUAGAAGUUAUCAUCAUUGUCCUCCUGCAAAGUUACACGAGUCAAUGAAAUGCUUCAUGAAAUGUGUGCGAUAAAUUACAGAAUAAUGAUGAAGUGUAAUACGACAUUUUUAAAUGGAACGAGAUUCAUUUUUUUGAUCAAUGAGUUUUUUUUAACGCAGCACAAUACAAAUGUUGCACAUUAAAAACAAGAUGUCAAAACAUUGAAACAAGAGAACAUGUUUUUAUUAUUUGCAUUUUGAAAGGAUACAAAAUGAACUUAUGAAUGGUUUCCGUUUAAAUAAAGUAGCUGGUGUUUAUGACAGAGUCCUGUCUGAGCAGGUAAGAUAAAAACAAAGUAAUGGGUGAGUUUAAUAUUUCAAGUUCUUUAAGGACAUUCCUUAAAAACAUUUAAUCCUGAGUGUCUGACCAGCAGAGGAGAAGAGAUCCACAUUACCUGCUGUUUGAUAAACUGACGGCUACUCAUUCAUAGUCAUUUACCCAGACUCCUCUAGAAUGUCAGUGGUGUCUUAUUAUAAAAGCAUUAAAAGAUCUCAUAAGGUGGAGACCUUCUGUGUGGCUGGUCACAGAUGAGGCCCAAACUGCCUUCUCCUCUACCUACCAUUGUUCCUCUCAAUUUUAAUACUAUAUUAUUAUUAUAUAUAAUCAUGGAAUAUAUACUUUUGGGUCAUACCACAUUAUUGCACAGUAGAACUGAGAGGGGAAUGUAAUACUAAGGACUGAAAACAAGUGUUGCAAGUACACAGUCCGCUUCUUAAUCUUCGCUGUCCGUCUCAAAUGAACUCCAGUCCUUCAAACUUCACGUUCCCUAUCUUUGUCUCGGGCAUCAGCACCCGACCGUCUAGCGUAAACGCAAUGAUGUAGGUGGCAAUCCGGCCUGCGUCCUCCUCCGACUUCAGGGCCACGACGAUCUGAUCGUCCGUGUCAGGAACAAAUUUGAACGAGGAGAAGCCGUGGGUCGGGU